UCUGAACGCUACCGCUGACACUACUGAGCUAUCUCGCCCUCACUGUGUUUGUCGCGCAGGUUCGGAGGGAACAUGGCGGGUCUGGAGGUGUUGUUCACCUGUGUCUCCGGCGACAUCAGCUGCCCGCAGGACGCGGCGGUGUGCUUCGUCCACUGGGAGAUGAUAAAGAGCGGACUGCGGUGCGUCGGCUGCGGAGAUGUGCCCCUCAGCACUGAUAAGAGAUCCGAGCUUCUUCCUGCUGACUGGAGCAGCAACAAGGAGCUGUACAGUCUGAGAUACCAACCCAGCGACACUGACACACAACUGUUGCUCAAAGCCAUCACUGUUGACUCCAGCUUGAUCUUCAACCUGAUGAACUCCAGCACGCAGCAGGUGUCCGACCUCACGGUGAACGUCAGCGAUCACGUGGACGCUGACCAGCUGCACACGUUUGACAGUGUCUACAAAGACACAGACAGUCUGUCAGAGAAGGUGAAGACUCAGCUGCUGCCACCUCAGGACAGACCGAUGGGACAGAGGACAGAGAGGAAGAGCCGGAGGGAGGAAGAGGAUGACAGAAGAAGAAGAGAGAGCGAGCCCCUCCACAUGCCCAGCAGACAUCCUCGCCAGGGAACACAGCCGCACUGGCCUGACCCCAUGGCUCCUCCCUUCGCUGUUGGAGGAGCAGAUCUGGAUCCCUUUGGGUCUCGUGGCGGUGGCGGGAUGAUUCUCGACCCGUUGAGGUCGGGGUAUCCUCGCUCUGGUUUUGACCCGUCCAGCGGCAUCCCAGACAUUCUGCCUCCCGGGGCCGUUCCCCAAGGAGCUCGCUUCGACCCGUUUGGACCAGUCGGACAACGCAGAGCAGGGCCGGACCCGGACCACCUGCCUCCUCCUGGUUAUGACGACAUGUUCAUGUAGCAGAUGUUUCCUGCUCUUCUUCUCUCGUGCUCGUCUUCAUCUCCUCCGGGUUUGAAAGAAAACCUUUUCCUUUUUGUUUUGUGAUGUGUUCCUUCCAUAGAACUAAUGUGUUUAGAACUUCCGUGGAAGAACGCUGAAGAUCCGUCUUCAUGAUGUGUUUAAUAAUAGUAACAUCAUAAACGAUCAUAACCUUUUUUUUUGUCUUGACGUCUGAACUUUUUUUUUUUCUCAGAGAUAUUUUGACAACCUGUUAAAACAUGUUAAUUAUCAGUCUUUCAGAGUAAAACCUUCUCAGUGUCUAACGAAUGAUUCUCAUCACAAUAAAGCACAUCUCAUAUUUGUAAUUUAUUCAUGAGGUCGUUUUCUUGAGCUUGUGUUUUGGAAACUUGUUAGAAAAGAUUGAAACCUGGUUCUGAUUAAGUUCUUCAGUUUGGAUUGUUGUUAAUUUAAAAACAAGGAUGACAGAUCUUGUGUCAAAAUGCCUGAAUAAAAAUCUCAGACUUUA